UAAACCGGAGCGCUACAAUUUCUGUCCCCCCUGAUGCAAUAAGACCAUUACAGACUCAAACAAGCCAAAAGAAACGGAGGAGCUAUAUUACACCAAAGAGGAGUCUAGGAGUCCGCGGAGGGAAAACUACUGAAGUUAUUUAGGUACACCAGAAGCAGGGGCAGCCAGCCGGGUGAUCUGAGUGUUUCCUGACUUUGAUGCGACCCGAGUUUGCCUGGAGCAUGUCCACAGUGGGCUUGACGGCCCAGGAGAUUUCUUUUCCCGUAGAAAACCCCUUCCUGAGGGGCAGCUACUGUCACUGCAUGGCGGGAUCCAAACCCUCCUGGAACUAUCGCCAUGAGCUGGACAACUUCUACUUCAGUAUGGACACUGCACACUCAGAUCACAGCUCUCGUGCUCAUCAUAAAGGGCCACCGCCACCGUCUCUAAAUUCUGAAAGACAGAAACACAGUCCCAGUUCACAGAGAUUACCUCCAAAGAAAUCCCGGCCCUCCCAUCUCCCCCUGUCCUGCAGUGCUGAACCCUCCACUCCGAGUCCUGCUGAUGACGACCAGGUGGUCCCCUCAUUCCAGAGGCUCUCGGUGUACGAGUGCAGCAGUCCACCACAGACGCCGGGCAGAUGCUCCAAGCCUCUGCCCCCCAUCCCUCCGCAAACGGACAUCUCCCCUGAGCAGGCUAUGGACAAUGAGGUAGAAUUUUUCACGAGUUCGGACGACAGCCGCUGCCUGGUGUCAGAUCAGUUACCCAAAUCGUCUCCCUUUCGAUAUGGAGUCCCCAGUCGGAGGAGCUUCAGGGACUGCGGGCAGAUUAACUAUGCUUACUAUGAUGGCCCAUUAGGACCGCAAAGCCAGAGGCAGCCCAAGCAGCAGCAGCAGCAGCAGCAGCAGCAGCAGCAGCAGCAGCAGCAGCAGCAGCAGCAGCAGCAUCAGGCACAUCCUAAACAGGAACAUUAUGAGCUGCAGCGACAGGAACCACCUGAGCCGGUGGUAUAUCAGAGACAGCAGGAGAAAGCUCAGAGGAGACUGCGACGUUCGCACUCUGGCCCGGCUGGAUCUUUUAACAAGCCCUCGCUGCUGCGCCUCACGUGCCACAAACGCCACACCCAAAGUAUGGAUAAGCCCGAAGUGCCGCCCCCUAUCCCUCCGAGAACAAUCAAGACAGGAGACUACCGCCGCUGGUCAGCAGAGGUCUCGUCCGGGGCUUACAGCGAUGAGGACAAACCACCCAAGGUGCCGCCGAGGGAACCUUUGUCUACAGGCAGCUCCCGCACCCCGAGCCCCAAGAGCCUCCCGACGUACAUUAAUGGGGUCAUGCCCCCAACCCAAAGCUUUGCACCGGAUCCUAAAUACGUCAGCUGUCGGGGUUUAAUGAGACAGAACAGUGAGGGCUCCCCCUGCAUCCUCCCCGAUAUGGAGAACGGCAGGAAGUCCAGCACCACACAUUACUAUCUCCUGCCUCAGCGGCCCGCUUUCGUGGACUCACCUUGUGUAGAUAGAUUUCUUCGGGUCAUGGAAAGCCCCGCAGCUCGCAGUACAGAUGUAUCAGACUCAGACUGGGACUGUCACCCCAGGAGGAAAGCACAUGUGGAUUUAGUUUAAAAAGUUUAAGUGGAAGUAGCAGAGGACUCUACUGUACAUGAGCAAAAGCCACUUGAAGAAAAAUGGUGAAACUGGACGCUAACAACACUCAAACUGCUGCUUUUACUUUUUAUUUUUUAACCCUCUAUGUAUUCUGAACACACAGGGUAUGAGCGCACUGUAUUCAGUUACUGGUAAUGUUGAGUAGCUAUCACAGCUGAGAUACUUUCUAUAAAAACUGUAUCUCUGACUAUAGAUUGUGGGGAAAAUUCAACGUUGUAGAGCUUACUUUUGAUAAUAUUUUUUAUUUCAUGACAUUCAAUAAUGUGUGUUUUUGCUGAAGUCGUGGUACAGUCAGAAGGUACAAGCGGGCCUUGAACCUCAUGUGCUCAGUGUUUUUUCUGUGUCUGGAAGGUUGAGGAUGUUUUGUGAGAUGCAUUGACGCUGCUUUUAUGUCUCACAAGGGACAAAGGUCAGUAAUGUAACCAUGAAUUACUUAAUAUAUGAAGUCUAAAUACAAGGCCAAUUAAUUUUUAACAAAAUGAAGGAUGCUAGCACACAAAUCUCUUUUCUGUUUGCUAUUGUAUAUCAAUACCGAUGUUGUUUCCAUGCCUUGAUGAAGUUUCAGUCUUACUCAGGCCACUGUAUCUGUGUAAAUUAAUAUUUCCCAGAUGGUACACCUUGUACUAAGAGGUGGGUACAUUACUGGUAGCUACGCAUGUUUCCAUUGGAAUGUCUAGUGCAGCUUAUGUGGUGUAGUUGUCUGUUGAUGAGUAUGUGUGUCUGUGUGUGUGUGUGUGUGUGUGUGUGUAUAUGUGUGAGCGUGGACGUGUUUGUGAUCAUCAGUUGGAAAAGUGUUCCGGUGAGACUUUAUAAAAAUGACUUUUCUACAAUUGGUAGAGAACUGUCAACCAUAGUUGUUACUGUGCGCUGCUUGUUUUCAGCGCCUGCUUUUAAGUACAGCCCUCUAAAAAAGUGAUUGCUUUCUUUUAGUGUCCAGGUCUGUUUUGUUGCACAGAAAUUGGCCUGUUGAACAUUAAGUGAAUGCAAUUCUCAGUGAAAUUCCAUCAAACAGUUGGAGGAGCUUUUUUCUUUUUUUUCUUUUUUUGUCAAGCUGUGAGUCAUUGCUUGGAACUAAUUUGCCUCAAGUACUACCUCCCUUUGAUAUUAAUCCUAUAUUUCACAUACUCCCCAUUAAUAAUGGAACAAUUUGAAAAUAUUAUCCACAAAAGAUGAGGUAACCAGCUCCAUAUGUGAUCUGACAAACUGUUUAACUGUUUAAUUCAAGUACACUAAAGUUAAAAGUAACACAAAGGUAAUUAAAACCGGAUGUCCUUAAAUAGAAAUUUUAGAUCACGCUGAUCUUAGUUCACGGAGAUGUUAGGCUAACCUGUUAAUACAGACGUGCAUCACAAAGACAGUGCAGGGUUUACCUACCUGACACAGACUUUCCUGUUCUGCUCAUGCAUUCCUGCCUUACAUGAUUGCAGUGGGUGUGGUCUGAGAGACUUUGGCUGCUGGCAGCCUAGAAAAUAUAUGAUUUUUAUUGUUGUAGAUUAAUUAAAAAGGCGUCAGGAUGAUAUAAUAAAUGUAGCACAUGUAUUGAAGUAACCCUUGGUAUCGAACACGGUGUUGAGUUUGGGAAACGGAUAACUGCUAAGGUCAAACGGUCAUUGAAAUAUACUUUCUCUCUCCCUCCUGCUCACAAAACCUUGCCAACACAAUGUUGCUUUUUGACUUAAAUGUCAUUUAAAAUGUUUACAUCAUACACUGAUACUAUUUAAUCUUAAGGUAUUCAUAUGUCUUAUUAGAAAUAAUAAAACUGAAUGAAGACUAGUUUAUCAUGAAAUAACUUCUCUGCUGUGGUGAAGACAUGCACUGGGAGGGUACAGUAUGCUGUGUACAGUAUUUAACAAUUCCAUUUGUUGUUAUGAAUAGUUGAUACCUAUAUAGUCUUUAAAAAGAAAGCAAAAUAAAAUGAC